AUGCAUAAACAUAAUAUGCAUAGUGUAUCUGCUCAUAGAAGAAUAAUUUCAUCUUCCAUAAAACCUUCAGUAAGCAGAAUAACUAGUGCUUAAUCCAAAUCUAAAUCAAGUUAGAAAAUUCUGAAUUAAAGUCCUUUAGGAUUUUUCUUAGAAUCAAUUGUACCUAUUGAUCAAGAGAAAUCAAAAGUUCCUUUAAAAAUAAUUGAAAAAUAUUUUGAUGAAGGUUAUUUAUUUAAUAAUCAUUAAUCAGUUAUUUCUACUUUAAAAAAUGUUUCUGGGGAAGUUAAAAAAUAUUUAGAAUACAAUUUUGUCGAAGUUUAAGAACUUCAAAAAUCUUUUUCAUAAUAUUAAGAUAAAGAUCCAAAAUUAUUGUUUCGUAUGUAUGAGACUCUAAUAAAUUUAGAUAAAACUAUUAUUUAAGAUCUUUUUGAUAAUAAAGAAUAAUAAAAUAAUUUAGAUGUUAAAUAACAUCCAAAAAAUCAUUUUAGAUUUGAUGUAUUAAUAAAAUGCAUAGAAAUACUAAAUGAAUUAGUGAAUAAUAUAUUAAAAAUAAUAGAUGAUUAAGCAAUAGCUAUAUUUUUUGAAUAAAUUUGGAAAGCAUUAGUGAUUAUAUUAGAUUUGAACACUUAAUGGUAAUAAGAUCGUUUUCAAUCAUUAGUUGAUAUUUAAAUAGAAGGUUAUAAAGAAAGAUUAGAAUAAAUGAGGAAUGAACAUAAAUAAUAAGAAGAAAAGUAUUAAAUGUAGUUAAGAGCAUAUUAAUUAAAGCUUGUAAUUGAAUAAAAGAAGAAUGUUUCAUUAAGAGAAGAAAAUAAUAAUAUUUGUUAGCAAUAUAAUCAUUUAGAAGAUUAAAUGAAUGAACUUAGCAAUAUUGAAAAUGCUAAAGGAGAUCUAUAAAAUAUUAAUCAAAAAUUACAUGAAAUGGAUUUAAAUUUUAUGAGAUUCAAUAAAGAAAUAUCUGAGUCUCACUAGUAGGCUUCAAAUUCUAUUAAGUAAUUAGCUAAGUUAUUAACUGUCAAACCAAUAUAACCAAAAUCAUUUAUACAAUAAAAAUAUGAAUAGUUAAACUUAUAUUAUAAAGAAUAAAAACCUUUUAUUGUAUUAAUGAUUAAUCCGUUAAUUGCCUAAAUUGAUAUAGAGUUUUAUCAUGUUGAUCAAAUCAAUAAAAAACAAUUAGCAUCUGAUUUCAUUUAAUUUGUAUUUUAAAAUCUUACAUCUUAUCCUUCCUAAUCAGCAGUUGAACUAUAUGCAAUUUGGAUCCAUUUAGAUGAAUAAUAGUUUGUUAGUACUCGUAUAGAAUUAUUGAAUAAAUUGAAUCAAAAUAAUAACAAAGAUUUUUAUAUCAGUGUAUGUUAAUAAUUCUUAGGAAUUAAUAUUAAAUCUUCUUCAUCUCAUAAAGUCAUUGAAGAAACAUUAAAAUAUAUUAAAAUUAUUGAACUUGCCUUGUUACAAUAAACAACAUCAAAUUAAAAUUUACCAAGAAAUAGCUUAUUUUUAAGGUAAAAUAAUACAAUUGAUUUUGAAUUAGAAAUUAAUUUAGCAAAGUAAUGUAAUUAUGUUCUAUAACUUUAGUUAUUCAACCAUUCUACCUUAAUAACUUUAUGAAUAUAUAGAACAAUCAUUUCAAACUAAUAUGAAAUUAAUUGAAUUUACCUAUUAUACUAUUGCAUUUCUCUAAUAAUAAGAAAUAUUAAAAUGGAAUUCUUUAGUUAAGUUUUAUUUGAAAAAUAUAAAUAAAUUUAGUUAUCGCUUAGAUUCGAUUGAACAGUUCUAUAAUAUAGAUACAUUAUUAGUAUUUAAUUUUAUUCAUCAUUAGAUUUGGUAAUACGUUAUUAUUCAUUAAAGAUUAAUGAUUAAUAAAAAACAAGAUGAAAUAGUAUCAAAUGAAGAAUUUAUUUAAUAACUAUAUUAACUUUGGCUUUAACAUCCAAGAUGUUUAAUAAAACCAACAAAUGAAUUAUAAUUGACUUAAUCAAAUUCCCCAACUUCUAAAAAAGUAUAAAUUCAAGCAUCUUAAUAAAAAUUAAGCCCUUAAUUAAGAAAACAAGGAACUAUGCAAUCUGAAACUUCUCGUAAGAAAUGA